GAAGAUUUGAGCAUGUAUAAAUACACGUCAAUACAAAUGAUGUUCUAAAGCAGCCAUGAACCUGACUAUAAGUUUACUGAUAUUUGGAAUAUUUAUUUCGUUCUCAGAUGGUACAGCCACUAUUCAAGUACCAAUUGCUGGUAACUGUGGUGAUGAUACAGUUCUAACCUGUCAGGUUACUGGUAACAUUGGCAAUACUGGCUGGUUUGGAUUUAACAGAGAUAUCGUAUUAAAUGGAGGUGUUGUUAGACCAGAAGACAACAACAAAUAUACAGAAACCAGGGGAACAUCAUCGUUCACAUUGACAAUACACAACACUGACAUUACUGAUGAAGGAAAUUAUAAAUGUAGUAAUGGAUUUGAUGAGACUCCGCUGAAACGUCUUAAUAUAGAAUGUAAAGCAUCAUCAUCUAAACACAUCGUAACAAGAGGAAAAAAAUUACAGAUAACUAUAGAUAAACUAUAUCCUGCUUCACAAACACUUACUGCUACAAUUAAGAGACAGGUACCCUUUUUUAUUUCGUCAAGGGAGAUAAUUAAAACAUAA